UUUAUUUUGCUAUCGGUCUGAUACGCAGCAAAAACGCAUUAAUUGUAGUACGCCUUCCCAUUUUCUCAGAGUCCAAACAGAAACUCGUCACAGAUUUUGAUCUUCGAAAAUUAAAAAAAAUGUCAUGGUCAAGUCUGAGCAGAGCUAGGUUUAGAACAAUUCCUCAGCUCAAAUCUACACUCCAACAGAGGAUUUAUAAUGGCAACGGAGUGAAGAACAACAACACUGGGAAUCAUUGGCAAACUAGUAGUAGUUAUGAUCAGAUUAGAUGUAAAGAAGUUAGGCAUCUGUAUUCUACUUACACUAAUAGCACUAAUUUUAAUGCAAGAGAACAGAAAUCCAGAAAAACCCUAAUUUAUUUAUCGGGUGUAGCAAUUGCAAUGGUUGGCUGUAGCUAUGCUGCUGUUCCUCUAUAUCGUCGCUUCUGCCAAGCUACUGGUUAUGGCGGCACUGUUCAACGCCGUGAGAGUGUUGAAGAGAAGAUUGCAAGGCAUAGUAAAGAAGGAACAUUGGCUACAAGGGAGAUUGUGGUGCAAUUUAAUGCUGAUGUGGCUGAUGGCAUGCCAUGGAAGUUUAUCCCCACUCAAAGAGAGGUAAGGGUAAAGCCAGGAGAGAGCGCUCUUGCGUUUUAUACAGCAGAAAAUCGAAGUAAAACUCCAAUAACUGGUAUAUCUACAUAUAAUGUUACCCCUAUGAAGGCUGCAGUGUACUUCAACAAAAUACAAUGCUUUUGCUUCGAGGAACAACGGCUUCUUCCAGGGGAGCAGAUUGACAUGCCAGUAUUCUUUUAUAUUGACCCAGAAUUUGAAACAGAUCCUAGAAUGGAUGGGAUCAACAACAUAAUUUUAUCCUAUACAUUUUUCAAGGUUUCAGAUGAAUGAUUCCGAAUAUCCUUGAUGCUGAGGGGCUGGCCAGUAUAGAAUGCAACAACAACCACAUGCUUGUUUACCGCAAGCAAUGGUAGAAAAGGAUAUAUAGAUUAUUUCUUGUACUAAUUGGCCUGAUAUUGUUCGCAAACAUCCACUUUUUAAGUCGGAAGAAAGUAAAGAGAGAUUUUUUUGCAUUGCAUAUAAGUUCAACGUUUGAUCAUUGUUUCUCUAUUUGUUAUGAAAUGUAAAAUAUAAUGAAAUAAGGUUCAAAGCGUUUUAAGAA